AUGUUAACACAACUUUCUAUUGGAGUAGAAGACCUUGUGAGAAAAAUACAAGUUGUUGGGAUUCUUAAUGGGGCUAACAUGAUUCAGGUCAUUACAAUGGACUACCCAAAGGGGUAUAUUUCUCGUGUUCAACGUAGAAAUGUCCGUGAGGUUGCAGGACGUUUAUCCAAAUCUGAUCCGCUUGCUUUAGUUUUGAAAGAGGUAAUAUGUGCAAAAUCUAUCAUCAAACAGACACUGGACAUAAUAAAUAAGAAGAAUAGUGUUGAUAUCGGAAUAUUUCUCAAUGAUUCAGAUGAACAAUAUUCAGAUCGUACUAAGGAUGUUAUUAAUGAAAUAAAAAGAAAUAAUAAUAAAUAG